AAGACAUCUACAUUGCUGAAAUAAAGCCUCAACAUUUACGUUCACGUUCAUUGCAAGUUAAAUAUAUCAUCAACAAGUCUGUAUAUUUCAGAUUAAUUCAAAUCAUUUUAUAUACUGACAAUGUCACAUUUCUCCCUUACACACACUCUCUCUCACACACACACAGGUUUCUCUUCUAACAGGCCUGGAUGAAUCUCGGGAUUGGAAUAAUGUAGCUGUUGACACUUCAUUCACCUUUGGUACACUAAGAACUACAACAUCAAACAUGAUGGAGCAAAUUCACCAGAAAUUAGAAAAUCUCUCUUCCGUUGAACUCAAGAGGAUCCCCACAUUUGCAGUGGAUGUAAAGCUGGACCCAACCACUGCACAUCGAUGCCUUGUUCUUUCUGCCGAUGGGAAGAAAGUGAGGGAUGGAGCAAAGAACCAGAAAGUUCCUGAUGCUCCAGAGAGGUUUGACAUGUUUGGCAGCGUCCUUGGGCUCAACAGGUUGUCCUCUGGAAAGUCAUACUGGGAGGUGGAUGUCAGUAAAAAGACAGGAUGGGAUCUGGGUGUGGCAAGACGUGAUGCAAACCGCAAAGGGAAACUCUCGCUGACCCCAGAUAAUGGUUACUGGGUUACUGUACAUUAUGAAGAUGAAAAGUACGCAGCCCUGACAGCACCACCCGUCAGCCUGUCCCUGACAGUGAAACCUCAGAAGGUGGGAGUGUUUGUGGAUUACGAGGAAGGUCUUGUGUCCUUCUACGAUGUGACGGCUCAAUCUCACUUCUACUCGUUUACUGAGUGUUCGUUCAGUGGUGAAGUUUUCCCAUAUUUCAGUCCACAUCUUAUUCAAAAUGAGUUAAACUCUGAUCCCCUGAUUAUCUCUGAUGUGAAAAAGCCGUAGGAGUUAUAUGAAGUGUUACUGGUGCACUGAAAGUUAUAAUGCAACAAUCAAUGUGAGUUUGAGGUGUACAGUAACAUUUUACUGUUAAAUGAUUUCAUGACCACUGAAGGGUUUUCUGGCCUGGUCAACAUCGGAGAUUGUUUUUCAAGUUUAGACAUUCUUUUCUUUUUUCUUAAACAAGACAUUCUUAAUCAUCCGUAGAUGAAGACUUUAUGAGUUUGGGUUUUGUUUAAUGUUAAUUUUUGUGCGCUAUAUAUGUGUAAGAGAUUGCUGGCAUUUUUCAAAAUGUAUCUACAUCAAAAUGUAUGUAUGCGUGUAAUUCCUCACCGUUUUAAACAAUAUAUAAUUAUAUCUAUAGUUUGUUCUUUACUGUUAUUCAUCUAUAGCUCAUAUCGGCAUUAGGCGGACACUCUUUCCACUUUCUGGUUUUAACUCAGUUUUACAGACACCUUUAUACCUGUUCAACAAUUUGUGAAUAGACAUUGUGAAUAUAACUGUUCCUUGGGAAAUAUUCCAUA